UAGCACAAAUCCACCUUUGAUUUAUAAGCAACCCUCGUCACAAAGCAAAGUAGCAAAACCAACACCUUACCCUCAAAACUUCAACCAGUCCCCAUAAGUACUCUGCAUUUUCAAUUUUCCAAUGUCACAGCUAAGAAGCAUAAAAAAAUUUUUAAAAAGAAAAAAAAGUUCUUAAACAUAAUGCACUCUGUGCAGAGAGUAUUAAGGCAAGCCCACACAAGCAUCAAACAACUUUUCCAUUCUGUGUUUCCAAGAGCCCCUCCAUUCUCUCGCUCGAGAAAGUCAGCAACGCACGGAUCAACAAUGGACAUUCGGGAAUCCAUUAGUAACCAGACUGACGUUUCUUUGUUUCUUGCAAAGCACUUGGUUUCUACUAAGGCCAAGGACGCCAACCUGGUGUUCUCGCCGGUGUCGAUUCAUGUUGUGCUGGGCUUGAUCGCUGCCGGGUCUAAAGGCAACACGCUAGACCAGCUACUCAGUUUUCUCAAGUCCACGGGAACCGAAGAGCUUAAUUCUCUUUCAUCCCAGCUCGUCACUCUCGUCUUCGCUGACGGUGGUUCGCUCGGUGGGCCCCAAUUGUCCUUCGCAAACGGCGUUUGGAUUGAUCGGAGUCUUUGCCUGAAGCCCACGUUUAAAGAAAUUGUCGAUAAUUCUUAUAAGGCUGCUGCCAGAAAUGUUGAUUUCCAGACCAAGGCUGUUGAGGCAACCAAAGAGGUGAAUCUGUGGGUUGAAAAGGAAACAAGUGGCCUUAUCAAAGAAAUUCUUCCAUCUGGCUCUGUUGAUGGUUCAACGAGGCUCAUCUUUGCAAAUGCAGUUUACUUCAAAGGUGCGUGGAACGAGAAGUUUGACGCAUCAAAGACAAAAGAGGAUGAAUUUUUCCUCCUAAAUGGUAGUUCAGUGCAAGUACCCUUCAUGACCAGCAAACAGAAGCAAUAUAUACGUGCCUUUGAUGGUUUUAAAGUUUUGGGGCUUCCAUACAAACAAGGUGAAGACAAGCGUAAAUUCUCUAUGUAUAUCUUUCUUCCUGAUGCAAAAGACGGACUGCCAGCUUUAGUAGAAAAACUUGGCUGUGAAUCUGGCUUCUUGGAGCAUCACCUCCCGUAUCAACAAGUGAAAGUGGGUGCCUUCCAUAUUCCAAAAUUCAAAGUAUCUUUUGGGUUCGAAGCUUCCGAAAUCCUCAAGGGACUAGGGGUCAUGUUGCCUUUUUCUGGCGAUGGACUCCCUGAGAUGGUGGACUCUCCUUUUGGUAAAAACCUUUAUGUUUCGAGCAUUUUCCACAAAUCAUUUAUCGAGGUAAACGAGGAAGGCACGGAAGCUGCAGCUGCAACUGCUGGUGUUAUAAAACAAAGGAGUUUGACAAUGGAGGACAAUUUGGAUUUUGUGGCUGACCAUCCAUUCCUGUUUGUUGUUAGAGAAGAUAUGACUGGGGUGGUACUAUUUAUUGGGCAGAUUCAUAAUCCCCUCUCCUGUUAAUUGAAGCAACUGUUCAAUCAAUGGAUAUGUAGGUCCAUGUACCAACACUGUUAAACCUCUUACAUGUUUGUUUGGAAUUUGAUUUCAUAUCUGGAGACGAUGGAUGAAGAAACACAGCAUU